CGAGGGCGGGACCGAGACUCUGCGACGGGGGCCGCAUUGGCCGCGCGCGGCCGCCGGGGCGGGGACGCCGCUAUAAAAGCGCGCGCCUGGGUGUUCGGAUUCUCCGCAGCAUCCGAGCCCGCAGCAAUCAUGAGGGAGAUCGUGCACAUCCAGGCCGGCCAGUGCGGCAACCAGAUCGGGGCCAAGUUCUGGGAGGUCAUCAGUGAUGAGCAUGGCAUAGACCCCAGUGGCAAUUAUGUGGGGGACUCAGACCUGCAGCUGGAGCGCAUUAGUGUCUACUACAACGAGGCCUCCUCUCACAAGUAUGUUCCUCGGGCCAUCCUGGUGGAUCUGGAGCCCGGGACCAUGGACAGUGUCCGGUCUGGUGCAUUUGGGCAUCUCUUCCGGCCAGACAACUUCAUCUUUGGUCAAAGUGGUGCUGGCAACAACUGGGCCAAGGGUCACUAUACAGAGGGGGCAGAGCUGGUGGACUCAGUCCUGGAUGUCGUGCGGAAGGAAUGUGAGAACUGCGACUGCUUGCAGGGCUUCCAGCUGACCCACUCACUGGGCGGGGGCACCGGCUCAGGUAUGGGCACCCUGCUCAUCAGCAAGGUGCGUGAGGAGUACCCCGACCGCAUCAUGAACACCUUUAGUGUGGUGCCCUCACCCAAGGUGUCAGAUACCGUGGUCGAACCCUACAAUGCCACGCUGUCCAUCCACCAGCUGGUGGAGAACACUGAUGAGACCUACUGCAUCGACAAUGAGGCACUAUACGAUAUCUGCUUCCGUACCCUCAAGCUGGCCACACCCACCUACGGGGACCUCAACCACUUGGUGUCAGCUACCAUGAGUGGAGUCACCACCUCCCUCCGUUUCCCAGGCCAGCUCAAUGCUGACCUGCGAAAGCUGGCUGUGAACAUGGUACCCUUCCCACGCCUGCAUUUCUUCAUGCCUGGCUUUGCCCCACUCACUGCCCGGGGCAGCCAGCAGUACCGCGCCCUGACCGUGCCUGAGCUCACCCAGCAGAUGUUCGAUGCCAAGAACAUGAUGGCUGCCUGCGACCCGCGCCAUGGCCGUUACCUGACGGUGGCUACGGUCUUCCGAGGCCGUAUGUCCAUGAAGGAGGUGGAUGAGCAGAUGCUGGCCAUCCAGAGCAAGAAUAGCAGCUACUUUGUGGAGUGGAUCCCCAAUAAUGUCAAGGUGGCUGUAUGUGACAUCCCGCCUCGAGGGCUCAAGAUGUCUUCCACCUUCAUUGGCAACAGCACCGCCAUCCAGGAGCUGUUCAAGCGCAUCUCGGAACAGUUCACGGCCAUGUUCCGGCGCAAGGCCUUCCUGCACUGGUACACGGGUGAGGGCAUGGAUGAGAUGGAGUUCACUGAGGCCGAGAGCAACAUGAACGACCUGGUGUCUGAAUACCAGCAGUACCAGGACGCUACCGCUGAGGAAGAGGGUGAGAUGUAUGAAGACGACGAGGAGGAAUCCGAGGCCCAAGGCCCCAAGUGAAGCCACUCACAGCUGGAGUGCAGGGCCACACAGCAGCCAGGGCCAAGACAAGUAGCGUCUGCCCCAGAGCCAUCUAGCUACUGACACUGCCCCCAGCUUUGCUUCUCACCAGCUUGUCCCAGCAUCCCAGGGCUCCCGAGUUAGGGUCCUCAGUAUUUAUGGCUAUCCCACCCACAAGUCCAUGGCUCAGUCCUCCCCAUAUAGGCCACCUCUGUUUCCUGUUGCUCUUGGGCUCUUUGUUUUAUUGUGUUUCCAGGCCUGAUGUUUUAUGGUUUGUUUUUUACUGGUUGUGUUUAUAUAUUUUGGGGGGAUACUUAAUAAAUCUAUUGCUGUCAGA